GCGCGGAGAGGAGUAAGCGGAUUGGGCGGCGAGUCAUGUGACCGUGUUAUGGCUGUGCCUUGUUUACUGGAACCUUGUCCUUACCGGAAGGGAGUCCUGCAACAAUGUGGCAGCCUGUAGUCGUACUCUGCUUCCUGGCCUCCAUUGCCAGCGCCCGGCAUCUCCCCUUCUUUGCCCCCUUGUCUGGUGAUAUGGUGAAUUAUAUCAACAAGAUGAACACUACAUGGAAGGCUGGGCACAACUUUGCUAAUGCAGAUCUACACUAUGUAAAACGACUCUGUGGAACACACCUUAAUGGCCCCCAGCUGCAGAAGAGGUUUGGCUUCGCUGACGGCAUGGAGCUUCCAGACAGCUUUGAUUCGCGGGCAGCCUGGCCCAACUGUCCCACCAUUAGGGAGGUCAGAGACCAGGGAUCCUGUGGCUCUUGCUGGGCGUUUGGUGCGGUGGAAGCCAUCUCUGACCGUGUUUGUGUGCACACCAAUGGGAAGGUGAAUGUGGAGGUGUCUGCGGAAGAUCUCCUGUCCUGCUGUGGCUUUGAAUGUGGCAUGGGCUGUAACGGAGGGUACCCAUCUGGAGCCUGGAAAUUCUGGACUGAGACCGGUCUGGUUUCUGGGGGCCUGUACGACUCCCACUUGGGCUGCCGGCCCUACUCCAUCCCUCCCUGUGAGCACCAUGUGAAUGGAUCAAGGCCGGCCUGCAAGGGGGAAGAGGGCGAUACCCCAAAGUGUGUGAAGCAGUGCGAGGACGGCUACGCUCCAGUCUAUGGCAGCGACAAACACUUCGGAGCGACCUCCUACGGCGUGCCAAGCAGUGAGAAGGAAAUUAUGGCUGAAAUCUACAAGAACGGCCCAGUAGAGGGAGCUUUCUUGGUCUAUGCCGACUUCCCAAUGUACAAGUCAGGUGUGUACCAGCAUGAAACCGGAGAAGAACUUGGAGGUCAUGCUAUUAAGAUCCUGGGAUGGGGUGUGGAAAAUGGCACCCCCUACUGGCUGUGUGCAAACUCUUGGAACACAGACUGGGGUGAUAAUGGCUUCUUCAAGAUUCUGCGUGGCAAGGAUCACUGCGGGAUCGAGUCUGAGAUUGUUGCCGGAAUUCCCAAAAACUAGAGCUUUUAUCAAUUUCUUUUAACUGACGCCUGCUACAAUAUGACCUUUUAUUUAGAAAGAAGGAAAACAGAACAAAACUUUUUUUUUUUUUUUUUUUUUUUUUUUUAAUUCAAGUGUUAUUAGUUUUACUAGGAUAUCGGAGUAUAGGGGUAGUUGGCCAGGCUGGGGCUACUACUCUUUUAGAGCAGAGCAGGCUGGGAAACUAUAGGGGGGGGUAUCCUUGUUGCCCCAGUGAGCGCUGUACUGGCCCAGGGCUUGGCAUGUAACUCUGCAGGUACUGCCACUCCCAGGAACCCGCAGGGAGUUGGGUUAAACAAUAUCUGUUGCAAGAGGCCAAUCCCUGAGCGAGACACAAGCCAAUAGGAGCCCUGGCCCCAUACAAUGUGACCAGAUUUCUGUCUUUCAUUCUGGGGGGAAUCUCUACAGACUCCUCCCCCUGACUAAUUAGGUUUCCAUAGUUGUGAUUGGCUCAAUCAUGCUGCCGUUUAAUUGGGGAAUGUUCUGUAAACGGAUCUAUAGAUAUUCUGUUCUUAUACACAAAGGGCACUGGGGUUGUUAUACGGCUGGUACUGGCGUUUUACCCAUAACCACUAUAUAUACCGUGCCCAUUGCUUCUGCUGGGAGUUGCCCCGAGGGGCACGAGUGCAUUGCAUGGCGUUUAAAUGGGCGGAGCUAGGGGGUAAAUCCUUGUUGGAUACCCACGUGCCACUUGUAUACGCGCCUCACGUUGCCUUUUUUUAGUUCUUGUCUUUUAAAAAGAUGGUAGUGUCAAGAUUUUUUUUUUAAAUUUGCCAAUAAAAUGCCUUGUCUUCCUUUUAA